AGCAGUGGCUGUGACGGACAGGCGGGCGCUGGGAAGCCCACGUCAGCCGUGGUUAGAGUAGUGAUGGCGGCGGUGCCGGGCUGGGAGCGGGCUGUGCGGGUCGCGCUGUGCUCGGUGGGGAUCGGCCUCUCGCUCUAUGCCCUCCAUGUGGAGACCUCCCGGGAGAGCGAUGCCGGAUACCGAGCGCUGUGCGACAUCAACCCCUCCAUCAGCUGCUCCAAGGUCUUCACCUCCAGGUGGGGCCGUGGCUUUGGGUUAGUGGAGAAGAUUCUGGGCCCGCAGAGUUUGGCGAACCAACCCAAUAGCGUGUUUGGGAUUCUGUUUUACGGACUCCAAAUCCUGCUGGGAUUUGCUGGGUCCGUGAGCGCGGCUGUGACGCUCCUGGUCACAUCUCUGAUGUCAAUCGGUGGUUCCGUUUACCUCGCUUACAUCCUCUUCUACGUUUUGGAAGAUUUCUGUGUGAUCUGCAUCACCACGUACGUCCUGAACUUCUCCCUGCUUCUGCUAAAUAUCAAACGUCUGCGGAGCCUCAAGACAGAGCCCAAGAGGCAGAAAUCCAAACGCAAGAAGCAUUAACACUGCUGAAUAACGGUUUUACUGAAGAAUUUAAUACUUUAACUCGUGAACUGCCACUUUAAAGAUCUAGAUCUCGGGUCACUGAAAGAACCCCUCCUGCCAUCCUGAAAAUGUUAGGGUAAAGUAAGGCAAUCUAUCGAAGCAAUAAUGUCUGCUUUGUCGUACCUAAAGGAAUCUGCUUAUAUCGACUCCCAAGAAAUAACAUCACAAAUAGACUGAUUUAUUAACACUAAGCACCGAAUGGAUGAAUGCUUGCUGCAGUAAUGUCUCGAGCGACAUUUAAUUAGAAUUAUUUUGCCAAUAGAGUUCUUUAGGUGUUUUUUUGGUUAUAUAAAGUUCUGUAUCAAACUGUUUGUUCUCCUGUGUACAUGCAGAGAUCUAUGGCAGAUUUUCUCACUUUAGUGCAGGGUCUGCAAUACAAAUAUUAGUCAUUCUGGAGCCGUUGGUUUUCUUUUUUUUUUUUUUUUCUUAUAAUGCUUUUAAUAUUAAGAGCUAGUGUUGCAUCUAAUGCCAUCGGUCAUGCUAAACCAUCCACCUGACCACUACCGCCAAACAAACUACAAAUGGGAUCUGUGGGUUUUGCUGCUCUUUGAACCUAUUGUCUUAUUGGAAAUCUGAUUGAGAGCAGACAUUCAUUUGUCUCCACAAGUGUUGAGGUUUUCGACAGCUUUUAUGGCUGAAAUUCAUUUGAGUGUAACGAUUAAUGUGUGAUAAUUUCUUCUCCUGAAUCGAAAAAUCCUUUGGGUGGACUUUGCUGCCUAUUGUAACAGAUUCCGAAUGAUGAUGGUAACAUGAUAAAUAAUUAGCACGGCUUGUGAUGACACAAUGGUGCGUCUCUGAAGAUGUGGACAUUCUCAUUCCAUUGCUGGUCACCCGUAAACCAGGAAUCUGAGCUGAUGGAGAUCAAAUGAGCCUGGGUUUUUGUGCCUUCCAUUAAAGAUUUAAUGUGAGCGGGUCAUUCCAUUUUUGUACGGCAUUUUUUUAAUAAAGUGUUAAUUUGCUAU